ACAUCUCUUUACAUCUUGCGCUCACCAGUUGUCCCUCUCCUUCCAUAAUACAAGCUUCAGUAACAGUUCCCGAUCCUGACAUUCCACGAGAAAGGCGGAAGGAAGGAAGACCGAAAGAAGGGCGGUCGCAUCUCAAUCUGUGGAGUAUUGGUCAGAGUAAUUGUUUCCAGAUCAACUCUGUUCCCGAUUUACACCGACCUCCCAGAACCCUUGCAUUACUCAAAUGCCAUAUCAUGAUAACGGGAAAGGUGCAAAGGCGGGUGGAGCUGGCUCGCAACACGCGAAGACCACAAAUACGAAUAUCAACGCUCAUUCCAGUGCCAACCAUUCAAGUUAUAAAUCUCACUCUUCUGGGAGCAUUGAUCAUCCUUACUACUACGAUCAUCCAGAUUACGGCUCUGGAUCAUCACCGAAUUCAGGUUCAGCUUCAAUCAUGACUGAAGACGAAGAAGAUUGGGAAGAUUAUGUUAAGGGAGGGUAUCAUCCCGUAAAGAUUGGGGACGAGUUUAGCGAUGGAAGGUAUAUUGUGGUGAGAAAGCUCGGAUGGGGUCAUUUCAGUACGGUCUGGUUGGCAAAGGAUACAAAGUAAGUCGUCCUUUAUAUGAAUGUUUCCUUUAUCUUUUCUAUUCCGUCUAUUUGCCUUUAUGCCUAGUCGAGAGCUUCGAAUUCUAUCACGACUAUUUAUUCCUUAUCUCGACAAACGCAACUGCGCUUGAUCUCUCUAUACGGGGCUACGUCCCUUAUCGAACCUGGGAAUCCCGCCAUUUCUCUCAUGUACUCACAAGGCUCGUAGAUUAGACCGCCACGUUGCGCUGAAAGUCGUCAAGUCAGCCCCACGAUAUACGGAGACCGCGUUGGAUGAGAUCAAGGUCCCUUCGCCCGCCUCCGUAUGCUGCACUUGUCACUGCUAACGCCACCUCCAGCUCCUUCAACGACUGAUCACUUCGUCGACACCUCCUUCCUCUUCCUCUACUUCACCUAGUCCAUCUUUGACCCAUCCUGGGCGGUCCCAUGUCAUCUCGUUCCUCGACCAUUUUCGCCACAAAGGACCGAACGGAACCCAUGUCUGUAUGGUAUUCGAGGUUUUGGGGGAGAAUUUGCUAGGACUGAUCAGGCGAUUCCAGGUCAGUGAGAUCGUUGAACGGCCAACGUCCUGGCUGACAACGGAGUACUUUCAGACAAGGGGCGUGCCUAUACCGCUCGUCAAGCAGAUCGCCAAACAAGUCCUGUUAGGCUUGGAUUACAUGCACCGGUGUUGUGGGGUAAUACAUACUGGUCAGUGCGGCUUUGAACCUCUUUUGAAAAGCUUUCGUUCUUACUUUUUCUGCUCUCUAGACCUCAAACCCGAAAACGUGCUUAUAGCCAUCGACAACGUCGAAGAUAUCAUCCGUGCCGAGCUAGAGAACGCGAAACUGACCGGAGUUCCACCUUCCGCUGGUCGUGGGGGUAACCAAACUCCCCGAAAUCCUUCUGCUUCCUCGUUUAUAACCGGGAGUCAGCCGUUACCUAGCCCAAGUUCGAGUUAUGGAAGCUUAAGAAGUCUAGUGACGGGAAGUCCUGGUGGAAGCGGGGGUGGGAUGUCCACAAGUCCUUCGAGUGGGGUGAUGGACAAAUUCAGCUUUGGGAUGACACCUAUGAGUGUCGGUCAAUCACCUACCUCGACGACGACGAAAGAGGUCGAAGGGGUGGCAGAGGCUGUUGGGAGUGUGUCGAUCCGUGGGGAUAGUGGCAGCAGGGAGAAAGGCAAGGGUGAAAGCGAUGUAAAUGAAGGAGAAGAGGAUGGUAUAACUUUCGGGAAGAAGGUUCCAAUCCAGCAAUCCUUGAGUGGGAGGUCAAGUCAGAGCUUAUUAAGUCGACAAGCGCCUGAUAAACCAGAACCGCCACAGUCAUCGCCGCAAGCGGCCCAGAAGCCUGCCCGCCCAGAAGAACUUGAAGGAUGGAACGAGAAGAUCACAGUUAAGAUUGCUGAUCUAGGGAAUGCAACAUGGACAGAACACCAUUUCACAGACGAUAUCCAGACGCGGCAGUAUCGCUCUCUGGAAGUCAUUUUAGGAUCCAAAUGGGGACCAAGCGUUGACGUCUGGAGUGUCGCUUGUGUUAUCUUCGAAUUGAUCACCGGAGGCGAUUAUCUCUUCGAUCCUGCUUCAGGCUCGAGAUACUCCAAGGAUGAUGAUCACAUUGCGCAGAUAAUCGAGCUUAUGGGUCCGAUCCCGCCUAGUGUAGCGUUGAUGGGCAAGUACAGCACCGAGUUCUUUUCGCGUAAAGGAGAGCUUCGGCACAUUCAAAAACUGCGGUACUGGCCUCUGGAAGCUGUAUUGCAUGACAAGUAUGUCUUCCCGAAACCGGCAGCGGAGGCGUUAGCGUCGUUUUUAAACCCGAUGUUGAGGUUGGAUCCGGGAAAGAGGGCGAGAGCGGGAGAUAUGGUUGGACAUCGGUGGUUGGAAGGCGUCGUUGUGAAUGGUGAGGAGGAGGUUGGGGCUAGGAUGCAGCAAGGGCGCACGAAGGAGAUUCGGCAGGAGGAAGGGAGUGGUGAGGUGAAGGGAGAUACCAAGGUGGAAGAUGAAACGACGACGGUGACGGAUAAGGCUGCCGUUAGUGAAGCAGAUGCGUUGAAGACUGUUGAGGAUAUUCCCCCGAUUUCUGAAGAGGAAGAAAAGCAGGAAGAAAAGCUGGAGGAAAAGCUGGCCGAGUCCAGUGAAGCCGCCGACGUUCAGCAGCCGUCUGUACCGGAUCCUCCUCCUCCUUCUGCUUCUACUCCUACUCCCGUUGAACAACCAGGCCAAGGCCGGGGUGGUGGUGGUGGUGGUGGUGGUGGUGGAAAUAGAGGAAAUAGAGGUGGAAAUAGAGGGAAAGGCAAUAAAGGCGGACGCGGGAAGAAGUGAAGAAUCUAUGGUCCAUACCCCUAUAUCAGUAUAUCCUCAAGUUGCAUGCGAUCUCGGACUUUGACAUGGUCUCGGUUACACUUUAGCACUUUUGCUGGUGUAUUCAAUUGUAGACACUGUGUAUUUCUACCCCUCCCAUCGGUUCAUGUGUUCUGUGCACUUCGAUUUUCCACGAUAAAUGAGGCGAGUGCGAGGAAGUACGACAGGCAUGCGAGCGCUCAUGGCUUUCGAACCGCGUUUUGAUUCCCGCGCCCAAAUACCCUUUUCAAUUUGAAUAGGCCAGGACUUGCUUCAGGCACAUGUAACUUGGCCAGUUGGUUUUACACACUCCAUCGGCCUCACAAACUGCUCCGAGUCAGUAGGCUGGAGCCCAUGCUUCACAGAAAAAGAACGCGGCCAGAACUCUUGCUCCUUCCGUCUUUCUCUACAAUUCCCUCUCGGCAUGUACCUUCAGGAACAAACCUCAGCUCUGGGCACUGUAUAGUGACGUCUACUUGGCGAAGUAUACCUUCAUUGUCGCAGUCAUUAAGCGCCGGCUAACAAGUUAGCGAAAAGCGCAUCGUAUACCCGUCGGUUGUUCAAGCUGCAAAACUGAUUGUCUCGGUGCUGAGUCUGGAUUCUCAGGUUGCCGUCAUUCCUUUCGAUGAAUCCUCUAUUGCUACCUAAUUAUCGUUGGCUUACUUGCUGUCACUGCACUAAAAAAAGUGUAUAACAC